AUGCCGCAUGCUCAUGUCGAGAGUCUUGACCACUGUAGAGGAAAAUCCUUGGUCUACCAGAUUCCUGCAGUGGUGAAGCCGUUGGUGGUGGUCAUCAGUCCCCUUCUUUCCCUGAUUCAGGAUCAAGUCCAAGAGCUGAUUCAACUGGGUAUCGGGGCCUCCGCUGUCCGGUCGCGCUCCGACGACUCUGGGGAAGAUGUCCGCACGGUAACUCAGCGCAUGCUGACGGGACAGCUGCAGAUCGUUUAUGUCACCCCUGAGAUGAUUCAUCAAAGUGGUGCCUUUCAGAAAGCACUCAGAAGCCUUUAUGCAGAGGGAGGUUUGCAGAGAUUUGUGAUUGAUGAAGCGCAUUGUUUGAGCAUUUGGGGCAAUGAAUUCCGGGAUAGCUAUUUGCAGCUCAAAAACCUCAAGGCAUCGUUUCCCAGUGUGCCUAUUUUGGCUUGCAGUGCCACGGCAACGGAGGAGAUCAUACAGAACGUCUUGACGCAGCUCAACAUGGCACAGGACACCAUUUUCUUGUCGCCGGUGGAUCGACCCAACUUAGAAUUCAAGGUGCUGCCCAAGAGCAAACGGAGCAUCAUGAAGGAGAUUGGCGAGUUGAUCCACACCCGAUUUCGAGGUGAGGACGUGCAGCAGGAGCUCAGCAGGAUGCAGAUCCGUGCGGAGGUGUAUCAUGCCCAAGUGGCAGCUCAUCAACGUGCGGCUGUGCAGCAGCGUUGGAAGGCUGGGGAGACUCCGAUCAUCGUCGCAACCAUUGCCUUUGGCAUGGGCGUGAACAAGCGAGAUGUACGCUUCGUGAUUCAUCACUCAUUUCCCAAGUCACUGGAAGGCUACUACCAGGAAGCAGGGCGUGCUGGCAGAGAUGGCCGUCCUGCCACCUCCAUCAUUUUCUAUGACUACGAGGACAAGAAGCGGCACCAGAAUAUGGCGCUCAGUGACAUGAACCAGGCACCAGAGCACACCGAGAGGAGCUUGCAACGUUUGCUGCAGAUGGUGGCUUAUUGUGAAGAGAAUUUCCAAUGUCGCCGGGCCUUCAUCAUCAAUUACUUCGAUGAGACACGACGGAUACAACAUGUGACCCAGCAACGCCAGCAACGCUGUCAACCUCCAGCUGCCAUUUGUGACAUUUGUCAAGCCAUGGCAGCCAGGUCGAGCGGGUCGAGCGGGUCGCCGGCCGAGCUUCAGCAGAUCGAUGUGGUCUACGAAGCACAACUUGCCGUGCAGUUGCUUCGAGCUGCGCGACAGCACUUGGUUCGUGAGAAAGGUGAUGCUCCGGUGACGUUGCAUUCGGUGAAGGAUGCCUUAUUGGGAUCCAAAGCACAACGAAUGGCUUCGUGGCAAAAUUUGCCUGGUUUUGGUGGCUUACAUGGCUGGACAGAGGCAGAUGUUCUGAGACUUUUGCGUAAGCUGAUUGUGAAGUCAAUCCUAGCAGAAGAAAUUACCACCCCAGGUGGGGCAGCUGGUUGCGUCACAGUAGCCUACUUGAUAGAGGGUCGCUACAGUGAGUCAAUCAUCUACGGUGAGAUUCCAGUGCAGCUCUGUCUAGAAGGCAAGAUGCAGAAGCCGCAGAAGCCACAGCCCAAAAGUGGAGUCAAACGAAAGUUGCAGAGUCCCAAUGGUGAAACUUGCAACGAAACACCGCGAAACCGGAAUCGACGAUUGUCCAAAACUCAGAUUCGUGCAGCACAGCAGCGACAACUUCAAAGAGAAAGACCCUGCAGAGAACAAGUAGAGAGCACGAUGCAGCAAGGUCAAUAUCUGAAUGGCAUACCAUCAUCUCAUCAAAGCUUUGAACAAACACAGUACCAGCAGUCGCAACACCUACCAGCUGGGAUGGCAUUUGGCCACUCACAGCAGCAGAACUUUGUGCGGUCUCAGCAACAGCCACCGGCUGGCAUGGCAUAUGGACAACCACAGCAGCAGAACUUUGUGCAGCCGCAGCAACAAUCACCCCCUGGCAUGGGAUAUGCACAACCACAGCAGCAAUUUUUCCCACAGUCUCAGCAAGAGCCAAGCAUGGGAUAUGGGCAAGCACAGCAGCAGAACUUUGUGCAGUCUCAGCAACAGCCACCGGCUGGCAUGGCAUAUGGACAACCACAGCAGCAGAACUUUGUGCAGCCGCAGCAACAAUCACCCCCUGGCAUGGGAUAUGCACAACCACAGCAGCAAUUUUUCCCACAGUCUCAGCAAGAGCCAAGCAUGGGAUAUGGGCAAGCACAGCAGCAGAACUUUGUGCAGUCUCAGCAACAGCCACCGGCUGGCAUGGCAUAUGGACAACCACAGCAGCAGAACUUUGUGCAGCCGCAGCAACAAUCACCCCCUGGCAUGGGAUAUGCACAACCACAGCAGCAAUUUUUCCCACAGUCUCAGCAAGAGCCAAGCAUGGGAUAUGGGCAAGCACAGCAGCAGAACUUUGUGCAGUCUCAGCAACAGCCACCGGCUGGCAUGGCAUAUGGACAACCACAGCAGCAGAACUUUGUGCAACAACGACAGCAGCAAGAGCCAAGCAUGGGAUAUGGACAGCCGCAGCAGCAGAACUUUGUGCCUCAGCAACAACACAGCAGCAAGAGCCAAGCAUGGGAUAUGGACACCGCAGCAGCAGAACUUUGUGCCUCAGCAACAACGACAGCAGCAAGAGCCAAGCAUGGGAUAUGGACAGCCGCAGCAGCAGAACUUUGUGCCUCAGCAACAACGACAGCAGCAAGAGCCAAGCAUGGGAUAUGGACAGCCGCAGCAGCAGAACUUUGUGCCUCAGCAACAACCACAGCAGCAAGAGCCAAGCAUGGGAUAUGGACAGCCGCAGCAGCAGAACUUUGUGCUUUCUCAGCAACAGCCACCGGCUGGCAUGGGAUGUGGACAACCACAGAAGCAGAACUUUGUGCAGCCUCAGCAAGAACCACCGGCUGGCAUGGGAUGUGGACAGCCGCAGCAGCAGAACUUUGUGCAGCCUCAGCAACAACUACCAGCUGUCAUGGGAUGUGGACAGCCCCAGCAGCAGAACUUUGUGCAGCCUCAGCAACAAACGCCUUCUGA